UACUGAACAGCGACCCUCUCUUCCAAGAUGUCAAAAACAAACAAAUCCAAGUCUGGAUCUCGAUCUCGCUCAAGAUCUGCAUCCAGAUCUCGGUCUAGAUCGUUUUCCAAGUCUCGGUCCAGAAGCUGAUCUGUCUCUUGUUCAAGGAAGCGCAGGCUGAGUUCUAGGUCUCAUUCCAGAUCAUAUUCUCCAGAUCAUAACAGAGAAAGGAAUCACCCCUGAGUGUAUCAGAAUCGAGAUUUCCGAGGCCACAACAGAGGGUACCUGAGGCCCUGUUAUUUCUGUGGGCCAAACAGAGGCUUUUAUCCAUGGGGCCAGUAUAACCGAGGCGGCUAUGGAAACUAUCGGUCCAAUUGGCAGGACUACCGGCAAGCAUACAGCCCUCGUCGGGGCCGUUCCCGAUCCCGGUCCCCAAAGAGAAGAUCCCCUUCACCAUGGUCCAGGAGCCAUUCUAGGAACUCUGAUAAGUCAUCCUCUGACAGGUCAAGGCGCUCCUCAUCCUCCCGGUCAUCCUCCAACCACAGCAGGGUUGAAUCGUCUAAGCGCAAGUCUACAAAAGAGAAAAAGUCCUCUUCCAAGGAUAGCAGGCCAUCUCAGGCAGCUGGUGAUAACCAGGGAGAUGAGGCCAAGGAGCAGACAUUUUCUGGAGGUGCCUCUCAAGAUAUAAAAGGGUCUGAGAGCUCAAAGCUAUGGCCAGAUGCCACCACCUAUAGCACUGGUUCUACAUCACGGGCCUCAGUUUCUGAUCUGAGCCCGCAGGAGAGAAGCCCAGCUCUCAAAAGCCCUCUCCAGUCUGUGGUGGUUAGGCGAAGGUCACCGCGCCCUAGCCCUGUGUCAAAACCUAGUCCUCCACUUUCUAAUACAUCCCAGAUGGGCUCGUCUAUGUCAGGUGGUGCUGGACUUCAGUCUGGAACACACCAAGGUCAGUUUGACCGUGGCUCUGGGUCUUUGAGUCCAUCUAAAAAGAGCCCAGUGGGUAAGAGUCCUCCAGCCACUGGCUCAGCCUAUGGUUCUUCUCAGAAAGAGAAGAGGGCUGCUUCAGGAGGAGCAGCAUACACAAAAAGGUAUCUGGAAGAGCAGAAAACAGAGAAUGGGAAAGAUAAGGAGCAGAAACAAACAAAUACUGAUAAAGAGAAGCUGAAAGAGAAGGGGAGCUUCUCUGAUGCUGAUGUAAAAAUGAAAUCUGAGAAGCCCUUCCAAGGCAGCCAGUCACCCAAAAGGUAUAAGCUCCGUGAUGAUUUUGAGAAAAAGAUGGCUGACUUCCACAAGGAGGAGAUGGAUGAGCAAGAUAAGGACAAAAGUAAGGGAAGGAAGGAACCUGAGUUUGAUGAUGAGCCCAAAUGUAUGUCUAAUAUCAUAGCCGGUGCAAGCAAAAACCAGGAGGAAGAGAAGUCAGGCAAGUGGGAGAGCCUGGUGCACGGGAAGGAAAAGCAGAGGAAAGCAGAGGAUCUGGAGGAUGAACCUUUCACAGAGAGAUCCAGAAAGGAGGAGCGUGGAGGGGCCAAGAGGAGCGAAAGUGGGCACAGGGGCUUUGUGCCAGAAAAGAAUUUCUGAGUGACUGCAUAAGUCCAGGAGAAAAAUUCAUCACCUCCUCCGAGGAAGACCUCUGAGAGCCGAGACAAGCAGGGAAACAAAGGAGACUUUCCCUCUGGGAGGUCUUCCUUUUCCAUUACUCGGGAGGCCCAGGUCAAUGUCCGGAUGGACUCCUUUGAUGAGGACCUUGCACGACCUAGUGGCUUAUUGGCUCAGGAAAGAAAGCUUUGUCGUGACCUAGUCCAUAGCAAUAAAAAGGAACAGGAAUUUCGUUCCAUUUUUCAGCACAUACAGUCAGCUCAGUCUCAGUGUAGCCCCUCAGAACUGUUUGCUCAGCACAUAGUGACACUUGUUCAUCAUGUUAAAGAACAUCACUUUGGAUUCUCUGGAAUGACAUUGCAUGAACGCUUUACUAAAUACCUAAAAAGAGGAAAUGAACAAGAAGCAGCUAAAAAUAAGAAAAGCCCAGAGAUACACAGGAGGAUAGACUUUUCCCCUCGUACAUUCAGAAAACAUGGUUUGACUCACGAGGAAAUGAAAAGUCCCCGGGAAGCUGGCUACAAGGCUGAAGGCAAAUACAAAGAUGAUCCUGUUGAACUUCGCCUUGAUAUUGAGCGUCGUAAAAAAAAACAUAAGGAGAGAGAUCUUAAGCGAGGUAAAUCAAGAGAGUCGGUGGAUUCCCGAGACUCUAGCCACUCAAGAGAAAGAUCAACUGAGAAAACAGAGAAAACUCACAAAGGAUCAAAGAAACAGAAGAAACACCACAGAGCAAGAGACCGGUCUAGGUCCUCUUCUUCCUCUUCCCAGUCGUCUCACUCCUACAAAGCAGAAGAGUACCCCGAGGAAGCCGAGGAGAGGGAGGAGAGCACCACAGGUUUUGACAAAUCCAGACUGGGGACCAAAGACUUCGUGGGUCCAAAUGAAAGAGGCGGCAGAGCUCGGGGAACCUUUCAAUUUCAAGCAAGAGGGAGAGAUUGGGGCAGAGGAAACUAUUCUGGUAACAAUAACAACAACAGCAACAAUGAUUUUCAAAAGAGAAACCGGGAAGAGGAAUGGGAUCCAGAGUACACACCCAAAAGCAAGAAGUAUUGCUUGCAUGAUGACCGGGAAGGUGAAGGCAGUGACAAGUGGGUGAGCCGUGGCAGUGGCCGAGGAGCCUUCCCCCGGGGUCGGGGUCGAUUCAUGUUCCGGAAAUCCAGUACCAGCCCCAAGUGGUCCCACGACAAGUUCAGUGGGGAGGAAGGAGAAAUUGCAUAUGGUGAGAGUGGGCCAAAGGACAGUUUACAGCCCACAGCUGAGUAGGGGCCACUCUCGAUGGAGCCCUUGCCCAGGGGAGAAAGGCGCUGGGAGAGGCUGGUGGCAUUAAACAGGGAGCCUCCAGAAGAUCCUGCAAAUCCCACCCCACAACCCACCAGCCACACAGAACCCUACGACAGCA